AUGGGUCUUUUCGACAAACUCAAAGAUCAAUUCCAAUCAUCUUCCCCAUCCUAUGAUUUCCACACUUCCACGCACCCUCUUCCUCUUGGACCCGACGCAGUAUUUCGAUACAGGUAUCAAAGGGGGGUCAACCUCGGCUCAUGGUUUACUCUAGAACGUUGGAUCGCUUCUCAUCCGUUUCGAAACGCCCACCAACCUGGACAGAGUGACUUCGAUGUUGCCUCUGGACGAGAUGCCAAGAAGGUUUUGGAGGAACAUUGGGAUACGUGGAUGAAUGAAGGUGAUUGGAGGUGGAUCAAGGAGAAGGGAUUUAAUUCUGUUAGGAUACCAAUUUCAUACUAUCAUCUGUGUGGACCACUACCGGAAGUACUGAAAGGAACUGAAUUCGAGCCAUUCCACCAUAUCUUCGAAGGAGCUUGGGGAAGGAUCAAACAGGCGAUCGAAAUGGCAGGAUAUCUCGGUUUGGGUGUUUUGAUCGAUCUGCACGCAGCGGCAGGUGCACAAAAUGCAGAUGCUCAUUCCGGUCUAUCAAAUGGAAAAGUAGGAUUUUGGGAUAAACAUUCCAAUUUAGCAUCUACAUCACUCGCUCUUCGAUUUUUAGCAUCCGAAUUAUCCCGUAUACCCCAUGUAGUAGGACUGGAAGUGCUCAACGAACCAGCCAACAAUUCCAAGCUUCAAGGAUGGUAUCGUACAAUACUGGAUGAAAUUCGAUCUAUAGUUCCAGUGGAUUUCCCACUGUAUAUAUCGGACGCAUGGGAUACACAACAUUACGCAAAUUUCGUAGGGGGAAGAGACGAUUUCGUAGUAUUGGAUCAUCACCUAUACAGAUGUUUCACCGAUCAAGACCGUCAAAAAGAUGGUUAUGCUCAUGCUCACGAUAUACGAUCGGGAUUCAAGAACACUUUAUCUGGACAGAGUGAAAGUGCAAAAGGGAAUAUAAUCAUUGGAGAGUGGUCUGCUUCAUUAGACCCUCAUAGUUUCCCACCUAAUAUACCAGAUACUGAGAAAGAUGCUCAUCGAAGAGAAUUUGUUAAAGCCCAGUUGGAGUUGUUCGAAGAGAAGACGGCGGGAUACUGGUUCUGGACAUAUAAGAAACAGGACGGAUGGGAUGCAGGUUGGUCAGCUAAAGAUGCGGCCAGAGCUGAGAUCUUACCUCAGUGGAUCGGGGGGAAAAGGUUUAAAGGUGAUCCGCCGGUCGGUGUAAAAGAUAGUGAGAUGAAAAGUGCUUAUGACGCCCAUACAUCCUAUUGGGCCUCUCACGGCGGUUCACCCGACCCAACAGUCUUCGCACCAGGUUUCUCCCAAGGAUGGGACGAUUCCCUCACCUUCCUUUCCCACCCAUCCGGACCAAGUCGAUUGGGAUUCACAGAUCAAUGGAUGAAGAGUAGGAAAAUCGAAUUUGAAAAUUAUACGAAUAAGAAAUUGGGUAAAGCUACUUGGGAAUGGGAACAUGGUUUUAGACAAGGUGUAGAAGCGAGUUUGAGGAUUUGUACUUAUUGA